GGAGUAUGUUGAACUGCGUUAACACUUUCGAUCAACACCUACCAGUGACCGAACAGGCCGGAUUGGUAGUAGCAGAGGAAAAAACGCAACACGACUCAUUUCCAAAUCCAUUCGAGAGACCAAUGUUCCAAACAACAUAUAACUUUAGAAGACAUUCAGCAUACGCCACUGUACCAGCAGGUUCCGAACACUCGUCUCGAGCCGGUGAGAAUACAGGUAGCCGCCCCCCUCCUCCACUGCCGCCCCCGAGGUUUCCCAACAGUGCCGUUUGACAAUGGGACAGUUUCAACAUCGCCACCACCUUUAGUCUGCCGAUGACGCCCCUUAUAGUUCUCGAAGAUCACUUGGUGGAGAUAAUAGCGCAAAGAAGCAGAGCAUGCGCUGCCUUCCUCCGUCACAGCUUCAAGAGGCCCCACCGACGCUAGCGCCAUCACUGCCCGAGUGACAAAAUUGUGUGACGUGUUCGGUCCAUAAAUGUAUAUUAUGCAAAACUUCGCGUAUUAUGGCUCGGAAAUGAUAGACUUAUCCCAGUAACUUAAAUGAUCAACAGAUUAUUGAACCUGACUUAUGUUUGAAUCCGAUGCAUUUUUGUUAACUAUAAGGUGACGAAUAACCUGUUGAAGAUUUGUCAAUUAAAUUUAAAUAUAAGAAAUUACCUUUUUAGUUUUUAUAUUAUAAAUUAUGGAUUUGAUUUGGUUUUAUACCAGAGUUACAGGGAUUGGUCCACGUUCUAUAACUAAAGUGCGCAAAAAAACACUUAUGACUUUAUCUUUCAAGAUUUAAAGAUGGCCUUAAAAUGCUCAGUUAUCCGAUUAAACAUGAAGUGAAUUGCCGCCAGUGCCGUCAAAAGUUUCUUGCAGACUAUUUUCUAAAAAAAAAGGUGGCCCGAAGAUUAUGCUUACUUCAGCCGAGAGAGAAUUAUUUUAUAACUAGAUUCUAAAUAUUAAUAUUAAGUAGUAAAAACUUUGAGGACUAAAACCAAUUAACUUUUCGUUCAUCCCUUUUCUCUCGACUGGAAACUUUUGAAGCAAUUUAAAAACUGCCCCCUCCCCUAAAGUACGAUACACUCACUUCUACUCAUUAGAAGAAUAUUGCACAUAAUUUUGAUGAUAUGAUUGAAUAUACAGCUUUUACUAAAGGCAUGCACCUACAACAUUUUUCUUUAUUUUUGUAGAUUUUGUAGUUUUUCUUGAGAUGUUUAAGUAGUUUUUUUUAUCUACUUUUUUUUAUAAAGAUAAUCUGCAUGUAAGUUUACUCAGAAGAAAAGAAGCUGAUCUUUCUGUACACCUAAUCAAUAAUUCUAGAAAGAAAUUAGUUAUUUUCUUUCAUUUACAAUGAAAUGUUUGGAAGGAAGGUGUUUUCGUACAAGACCAAACUUCUAUUGCCUUUCUUUUGCAUUAGAAAAUUAUUAUUACAAUGAAAUAGAGUAAGAAACUCUUGAAUUAUUUUGAAUCUUAUAUAUUUACAUUAUUCAAGAAUCAAAAAUAUUCAUAUAAACAAUACAUAGUAAAGGAGAGUUAAAACCUAAUUUUAAAAUUAAAAAUAAUAGGUUAGUUGUAGGUGCAUGUAUGGAAUGGUAAUAUUAAAAUACGUCGUUUCAAAAAUAUUGUGCCGUGAUCGUGUAAAUAUUUUUUAAAAGCACGCUCUCGCAAUACUACACGCAAGUUCAUUGUUUAAAACAUUUUUAAACAAUGUUAAUAUAUUAUAAGUAAUUGCCAAAUCAGUUUUGAAGAAAAUAGUUGUUUAUAACAUACAGUUUUUUAAUGAUAAAGUUUCACAAAUCAAAAUAUUUUCUUUACGAAAGAAUUAUUCAAUAAGAAUAAAGAAAAUUCCAAAAAACGUG